AUGAAAGAUGAGACUGCAGUAAAAAGUAAUUCACAAAUAGAAAGUGAACCAAAAGCUAUUGAAUUGACCAAUAUGAAUGCUGAAAGGGAAGAAGGAAAGGAAGAAAGAGAUUUUUCAUCGGAUGAUAGUAUUGCAGAUCCUAAUUAUCACAUUGAAAAUAAUGAUUUAUCGUCAGAUUCGGAUGAAACGGUAGAAGAGAAUGAAGAAGAAAAUAUUUCACGUAAAUCAAACCAAAAUAUUACACGUAAGAGGAAAAUGCAGCCAGAACUUUGGAAAUCGAAUGUAGCAAAACGUCUACGAAAUGCAGGGAAAGAAUAUGUAGGCAAAAAUAAUAAAGUUAUACGAGAGAGACGAUUAGGACUAGGAUGUACAGAAAAAUGCAAGUUAAAGUGUAACACAAAGUUUGAUGAUGAGACUCGACGCCAUAUUUUUGACGCAUAUUAUAAAUUACCUGAUUUGCAAAGUAAAAGAACUUUUGUAGCAUUUAAUAUGUCCUCUAUUGUCCUGUCGUAUCAAUAUAAAAAAGGAACACGUCGAAAUAAUAACGCAUUUUAUUUUAAAGACAAAGAUGGCGUAAAAAUUCUAGUUUGUAAGAGUUUUUUUAUGUCUACGCUAGAUUUAUCUGGUAGAUUUAUUCGAACAGUUACCGAAAAAUCAAGAAGUGACGUUUCAGGCAUUAUAGUGGAGGAUCUUCAAGGGAAACAUGGCAAUCACAGUCGCGUAGAUGAUAAUAUUAAAGAUAGUUUGAGAAAUUUCAUUAAGGCGAUACCAACAAUAGAAAGCCAUUACUGUCGAGCAGAUAUGUAG